AUGGAAAGUAUAAAGAUUGUACAGAGAACAGAAACCAGUAAUGAGUGGGAGGAUGGGUGGUGUGCUACGCAUACCUGGCAGGAGCCACCUAUGAGGGUGGGCUACACUGACUACACAAGAGACAUAACUCGUACUUUUUAUGCUUCUUUUAAGGGUGUCCAUACUUUUCUUCGUGCUUCCUUUUGUACCAAAAUCCACAUUUCCGUAAACAUAAAUACAUAUUU